AGAGCAGAGAGGCAGGCUUUGCCUUUUCUGGUAGUUGUAGUCACUGCAAAGACAAGCAGGAAUUCUUUUUGCGCUGCAGAAGGACUGAGAUAUAAACCAGACUGGGAGCUGAUAUAUGACAGGAGAGGAGUCUCUGUUGUCCAUGGACUAAACUUUCGCUAUUGCUAAGUGAGAAAGCGAGGAGAACCUUUUGGCCACCAUGGAUGACGACUUUGACCGCCGCAUGGAGCUGAGGAGGCAGAGGAGAGAGCAGAUGCGCCUUGAAGCCGAAAAGGUAGGUAACACCAAUGAUGAUGAUGAGGAAGAGGCUCGGGAGCGAAGGAGGCGCGCAAGGGAGGAGAGAAAGAAGAUGAAAGACUCAGAGGAAUCUGGUACGACUGAGGUGAUCGAUACUAACAGCGUGACAGAGACAGAGUCCUCCACGGCCGGAAACGAAGGGGCAGAUGAUGACCAAGCUUUGCUGGAGCGCCUCGCCAGAAGGGAGGAACGCAGGCAAAAGAGAAUGAAGGAGGCCAUGGAGAGACAGAAGGAGCUCGAUCCCACAAUUGGCACCACCAAUGGCACAGACGUCACACUGGAAGAGCAGACUUCCAUCAGUAGCAGCAGGCAACAAAAUACAGAGGAGGAGGAGGAGAAGAAGGAGGAGGAAUCUGCCCAGGAGGAGGUGACAAGUACUGAUACUAACUCUUGGAGGAAAGAGGAAGAAGACACAAAGGAGGAUGAGAAGGAAUCUGUUGAAGAAUCAAGAACACAAACAACAGGAAAUGAGGAAGAGACUGAGGAGAAGGCUGCAGCAACAGAGGUGGACACUGAGGAGCCAAGUUUAGAAAAGAAAGAUGCUGAAAAUGAGCCUGCGCCUGGUGUUGACAAUGAAGACAAAGAAGAAAAGAAGAGGCAAGAAGAAGAAGAAGAAAGGCAUCAAAAAGAAAUGGAAGAAAAGCAGAGGAUAGAAGAGGAAGAGAGACAAAAAAGGGAAAUGGAGGAAAAACUCAAGAAGGAGGAGGAAGAAAAGACACUAAGGGAGGAGGAGGAAAGGAGAAAAAUGGAAGAAGAGGAAAAACAACAGGAGGAAACUGAGGAGAGGCUUAAACAAGAGGAAGAGGAAAAACAAAAACAAGAGAUGGAGGAACAAAUGAAUAAAGAAGAGGAGGAAAGACAGAAAAGAGAGCUGGAAGAGAGACAAAAGAAAGAAGAGGAAGAGAAGCAGAAAACAGAGGUGGAAGAGAGACUGAGAAAGGAGGAAGAGGAAAGACAAAGAGAAGAGGAUAAGCGCAAAAAGAGAGAGAUGGAAGAGAAGAAGAAGAAAGAGGAGGAGGAGAAGCCGAAGAGAUUUGGGUUUAAGGACAAGAUUGAGCCAACCAAACAGAAUGGAGCUGUCAUUGAAAGUAAAUUAAAGAAAACGGAAAAGACAUCAAGGGACAAUCCGCCCUCCACUAAAGCAGAAGACCUGGAGCGACAGGAGGCUGAGCGAAAACUGCAGGAGCUGAAGCGCCGACGAAACAAUGCAGAAAGUGAGGAGUUUGAGAAGAUGAAGCAGAAGCAGCAGGGUGCCGAGGCAGAACUGGAGGAGCUGAAGAGGAAGAGAGAGGAGAGGAAGAAGAUCCUGGAGGAAGAGGAGAGGCAAAGGAAACAGGCGCUAGAGGAAAAGAAAGCCAAAGAGCAGGAGGAGAGAAAGAGGAUGAAGGAGGAAAUAGAGAAAAGGAGGGCGGAGGCUGCAGAGAAGAAGAAACAGAUGGAGGAGGGGUCUACAAAACCCACCUUUACUAUCAGUCCCAAAGGCUCCUCUAAGAUUGGGGAGAAGGCAGAAUUCCUCAGUAAAUCAGCCCAGAAAAGCACCACAGCCAGAGUGUCACACACUCCUAUUGUCUCCAAGAUUGGCAACAGAAUGGAACAAUACACUUCUGCCAUCCAGGGAAACAAAGAUGUAAAAUCUCCCAAGUCUCCAGUGGCAGAUAUUCCGACGGGAGGCACACGCAGCAUCAAAAGUAUGUGGGAGAAAGGCAAUGUGGGCAGCACCUCUGAAACUCCCUCUCCUGCAAACAAGGAUGUGGCCGGUAUCAAAGGAAGUGUGACCGGACGUGUCAACAGUUGGACGGGAAAGCCGGCAGAAGGCGAGAAAACAGUAGCGCCAGCACCUGCAGCAGCAGCACCGGCACCAGCGGCACCAGCAGCAGCAAAGCCAGCACCAGCAGCAGCAGCAAAGCCCGCAGAUGUGAAACCAGCUGACGUGGGUAACAAGCGUGGCAUGUGGGAAGCAAAGAAGGGCUCUACGCCUGGAAAGGUGGCUGUGGGAGGCAAAUUUUCUCGUUAAUGCAGGAGUGAGACCCUAACCAUUGACAUCCCAGUUACACCUGUUCAAACUCACACCUCUGCUGCUCUACAUUCACACCUGUUCCCCUUCAGCACGCCCGUAUUUUGCAUGAAGUUCACAUCACAAUGAAGGAAAAGGGAAUGACAUAAUGGGAUUCCUGUGUCAAAGUCCUCCAGCUCUAGCUUUACAGUAUCAGUACCUUUGCACUGCCACCUAUUUUGACUUAGCCAUGCUUCGAGAGUUUCUUCAAAAAUGAAAAGAUGAUGGCUUGACUUGAUAUGUGGCUAUAAGAAAUUUAAAAGAAUAUUACACUUUCUAACUGUUUUUACAUGGUUAAUACUCAGUAGUAAACUAAAACUGUCCAUUAGCUGUUGUUGUCACUAUUUUUCAUUCAAGCAUUCUGCAAGUCGGUUAUUUUGCUUCCAGCUCUCAUUAGCAGGUCUAUAAUUCAUAUGGUGCAUUUGGGCUUUGACGUUAUGUCAUAUAGCUUAUACCCAGUAAUUAGUAUUCUUGCUUUAUAAUGAUACAUGCACACUGCUUUUUGUGAUGAAAGUCAUGGUUUUGAUUCCAUAGAAAGUAUACUGUACUCCACAGCUGGAUGUUGGAUGAAAAGCUUGUAUAUAAUUUACUUGUUUUGUAGGUUUUAGUUUCUACUAAGGCAUCCAUCAUAAAGGCUUUCUGACGUAUUUAAUAAGGCCUUUGCAUGUACUUAAUAUAGAUCAGUUAGACGUAAUUAACAAGUCUGUGGUUGUGAAGCAAUAAAGAAAUCUCUUUGGCUAAUGUUUACAAUUUUGAUAAAAGUUUGUAAUAUUUUUUAAGAAUAAUAAGUUGUGCAUAAAAACACAUAAAUAAACCAUUAAAUGAAUGACUUUAAUGUUAGCAAAGGAUGGCAAAACUAUCCGACUGAUUCAGCUCAAGAGAGAAAUAUCCGGUGUCCUGCAGGUUUUAGAUAUCACCCUGGGUCGACACACCUGAAUCAAAUGAUUAGUUCAUUAACAGGCCUCUGGAGAACUUCAAGACAUGUUUAGGAGGUAAUUUAGCCACUUAAAUCAGCUGUGUUGAGUCAAGGACACAUCUAAAACCUUCAGGAUACCGGCCCUUGAGGCCUGGAUUCCCCCACCCCUGGUCUACUAGAUGGAUUAAUCUAUUAGGCAUUCAUGUUCUGUUAGUCAUUUUUAAAUACCUUGUCAUGCAAACAUACUCACUAAAAACACAAGACGUGAUAAAUAUUUUUACCAGCUGAACAUUGUAAUUUAUAUUCCUAUUGUGAGCAUGGCAUCAGUGUGACUCUUCGGAUGUAGUAUGAAGAGCACACAGAGCAAACGUAGACUACCUGACCACUCACCUCGUGAUUAACUUCAAAAGGCAACUGGCUCGUAGUUCAUUCACUCAUCAUUUAGUCAAAUUUAUAACUCCAAAGUGGAUGCAAAGUGGAUGGAUGAUGCACGAUAAUAGUUACAAAGCCGAGAAGCCUUGAUAAAGUGGCUCUUAUUAAAAAGUUUAAUUAAAAAAUACACAAGGAUCCACACCUCAGAUCAUAAGUUAAUAUCAUUGGCACAUCCUGCCUAGGACUGCUAUAGCAGCGGGAAACAUUUUCACGAAUAACAUCCAGCUUUGUUACUUUCAUGGUCUAUGAAUACUUGUGUAUGCAAGUAUCUAGUGUAACAACAAAUCUUAUUGUAUUCAACAAACAGGUUAUAGUCUGGCUGCUUUGCUUAUCUAUUGCGCAUUUACAUGCCACUUACUUCAGCUUUUUAUGCGUUGCAGAAACAUUAGAGACCUGCAAGACAAUCACAACAUGCACUCUGUUUAAAAAAAGCCUGUAAUUAACAGUGAAUGUAACCCGGUGUUCCUGUCAGCAGUGCACAUACGUUGAGUUCUGCCUAAAUGUAUUGUGACACUUUCAGCAUUUUUUUUAUUGAUUGCCUUGUUUGAGUUGUUUACAAAUAUUGUAUGUAUGGCUUCAGCAAUAAAAAAAUGAAGGAAAAAAAAA